AUGAAGCCAGAGAUUGAACAAGAACUGUCUCAUGUUUUGUUGACUGAGCUUCUGGCAUACCAAUUUGCCUCACCUGUCAGAUGGAUUGAAACUCAAGACGUUUUCCUGAGAGAUUUCAACACAGAACGUGUUGUCGAAAUAGGGCCAUCCCCCACUUUAGCGGGCAUGGCGUCGCGUACGAUAAAGGCGAAGUACGAAUCCUAUGAUGCAGCGCUUUCCUUGCAAAGACAGGUGCUUUGCUACUCAAAAGACCAAAAAGAAAUAUAUUAUACUCCAGAUCUUGCUGAUAUUGUGGCCGCCCCUGAAGAGCCUCUUCAACCGUCAAAACCAUUCGACGGAACUGCUGCUCCGAUCAACGAUUCUUUGCCCGUUGUCAAUCAACAAGCUACGCCAGAGCCUGCACAGGCAGCAGUCAAUAUUCCUGAUGAGCCUGUUAAAGCUUCGUUAAUUUUGCAGGCGUUAGUUGCUCAUAAAUUGAAGAAAUCCCUCAAUGAAAUCUCCAUGGGAAAAGCAAUCAAGGAUCUUGUCGGUGGAAAAUCUACCAUUCAGAAUGAAAUCCUGGGUGAUCUAGGCAAGGAGUUUGGAGCUACUCCAGAGAAGCCAGAAGAUUCCCCGUUGCAAGAGCUUGCUGAGCAGUUUGAAGAAACGUUUCAGGGUUCGCUCGGAAAGCAGUCCUCCUCUCUCAUUGCAAGACUUAUGAGCUCCAAAAUGCCUGGUGGUUUUUCGGUAGGUGUGGCCAGAAAGUAUCUUCAGUCUAGAUGGGGACUUGGUCCGGGAAGACAGGAUUCGGUUUUAUUGUAUGCCCUUACAAAUGAACCAAGCCAGAGGCUUGGUUCAGAAGCUGAUGCUAAGUUAUUUUUGGAUUCUGCCUCCCACUCUUAUGCCUCUCAAAACGGUGUCACUUUAUCUCAAGCCUCGCCUCGAGGCUCUGGUGGCUCUGGUGGCUCUGGUGCAUCUGCGGUAGUCGAUUCCGCUGCUCUUGAUGCCGCAAUGAAGGAGAAUAAAACUGUUGCUCGUCAACAAUUAGAGACUUUUGCAAGAUACCUGAAUUACGAUUUGAUGAAAGGUGAAAAGCUUCUUCUCAAGGAGAAAGAAGCUACUGCUAUCCUUCAAGCUGAGCUUGAUUUGUGGGCCGAGGAGCAUGGUGAAUUCUAUGCGUCGGGAAUCAAACCUGUGUUUUCGUCCCUGAAAGCUAGAUCAUAUGACUCGUACUGGAACUGGGCCAGACAGGAUGCGUUAUCCAUGUAUUUCGAUAUCAUUUUUGGAAAGCUAAAAUCUGUGGACAGGGAGACAGUCACUCAAUGUAUUCAAAUCAUGAAUAGAGCCAAUCCUACUCUAAUAAAGUUCAUGCAGUACCACAUUGAUCAUACCCCAACUCAUAAGGGUGAGACAUAUGAACUCGCAAAGAAGCUUGGACAGCAACUAAUUGACAACUGUCGUGAAGUUCUCAACAAAAGUCCAGUUUACAAAGACAUUUCUUACCCUACUGGACCAAAGACAACUGUGGAUGAAAAGGGACGCAUAAUCUACACAGAAGAAGUGAGACCAGCUGUUAGAAAGCUGGAACAAUAUGUUCAUGAAAUGGCAUUGGGUGGUGAACUAACAAAAGAGCCUCAGCCGUCCAUCAAAGACGACCUGUCAAGGAUUUAUAAGGCCAUUUCGAAGCAAGCAUCGGCUGAAAGCAGGAUUGAAUUUCAAAAACUUUAUGCUAAACUGCUUGAUUUUGUUGACCAGUCAUCCGAAAUUGAGGUCUCUAAAUCUGCAAAGGCCGUUCUUGGUGACGAAAGUGUCCCAGAAUCUGAUAGUGACACUGACGAGAUUGCUUCGCUAAAGGAUUAUGCAGAAAUUCAUAAGCCUGUUUCAAGUACUAUUCCACCAGAAACAAUUCCUUUUUUGCACAUUCAAAAGAAAGACAGAUUGGGCUUCUGGAGAUAUGAUAAGCAUGCUUCUUCUUCAUAUUUGGAUGGUCUUGAGAAGGGUGCAGUUAAUGGCAUAACGUUCAAAGGAAAAUAUGCCCUUGUCACGGGCGCUGGCGCAGGUUCGAUUGGAGCUGAGAUCCUCCAAGGGUUGUUAUCUGGUGGCGCCAAAGUGAUUGUCACCACGUCAAGAUUUUCGAAAAAUGUCACGGAAUAUUAUCAACGGAUGUACUCGAGAUAUGGUGCUGCGGAUUCUACGCUAGUGGUGGUACCUUUCAAUCAGGGAUCAAAGCAAGAUAUAAAAUCACUUGUUGAUUAUAUUUAUGAAGACGCCAAAAAGGGCGGACUUCAAUGGGACUUGGACUAUGUAAUCCCAUUUGCUGCCAUUCCAGAAAUGGGAAUUGAGAUCGAUGCCAUCGAUUCCAAAUCUGAGCUGGCUCAUCGGAUCAUGCUAACUAAUUUAUUGAGAUUAUUGGGUGAGGUCUCGUCCAAAAAAAGAGAUAGAAAUAUUCAAACUCGUCCAGCUCAGGUAAUUCUUCCUCUAUCUCCUAACCAUGGCACUUUUGGCUCCGAUGGCUUAUAUUCAGAGUCCAAACUUGGACUUGAGACCCUCUUCAACAGAUGGCACUCAGAGUCGUGGUCAUCCUAUUUAACCAUUUGCGGAACAGUGAUAGGUUGGACUAGAGGAACGGGCUUAAUGUCGGGAAAUAACAUCAUUGCAGAGGGGAUUGAAAAGUUGGGUGUUCGCACUUUCUCUCAAAAGGAAAUGGCAUUUAACAUUUUGGGUCUAAUGACACCAGAAGUCAUGAAGCUUUGUGAAGAGGCCCCUAUCAUGGCUGACCUCAAUGGCGGACUGCAAUUUGUUGAAAAUCUUAGAGAAUAUACUAACCAAUUGAGAAUGGAUAUCAACAGAACCUCAGAUGUUCGGAGGGCCGUUAGCGUGGAAACAGCUAUUGAACACAAGAUUGUCAAUGGCUCUGGAGCAGACGACCCGUUCAAUAAAGCAGAGAUUAAACCAAAGGCUAACAUGAAGUUUGAAUUUCCAAGUCUAAAGUCUUACAAGGAGCUCAAAGCACUAGCUCCAAAUCUUGAGGGCAUGCUUGAUUUGGAAAGAGUAAUUGUGAUAACAGGCUUUGCUGAGGUUGGUCCUUGGGGAAGUUCCAGAACUCGGUGGGAAAUGGAAGCUUGUGGAGAGUUUUCUCUCGAAGGCUGUAUUGAGAUGGCUUGGAUUAUGGGAUAUAUCAAAUAUUUCAACGGUUCCAUCAAAGGAAAGCAGUACACUGGCUGGGUUGACGCGAAAACCAAUCAGCCUGUGGAUGAUAAGGAUGUCAAGAAGAAAUAUGAAGAGGACAUUUUGAAACAUUCGGGUAUCAGGCUCGUGGAGCCAGAGCUGUUCCAUGGGUAUGAUCCAAAGAAAAAGAAGUUCAUUCAAGAGGUUGUUGUUCAGCAUGAUCUUGAACCGUUCGAGACUGAUAGAACUACCGCGGAACAAUACAAAGCCUGGCAUGGGGAUCAUGUCGAAUGCUUUCCUAUUGAGGGUGCCGAGGAAUACUCGGUUAGAGUUCUAAAAGGAGCCAAGCUUUACAUUCCGAAAGCUUUGCGAUUUGAUAGGCUAGUUGCCGGACAAAUUCCAACUGGGUGGGAUCCUCGCACUUAUGGUAUUGAUGAUGACAUCAUUUCACAAGUUGAUCCAAUAACUCUCUACGUUUUGGUUACGGUCGCCGAGACUCUCUUGAGUUCCGGUAUCACUGAUCCGUAUGAGUUUUACAAGUAUGUUCAUGUGUCUGAGGUUGGAAAUUGCUCCGGUUCGGGAAUGGGUGGGGUCUCGGCUCUCAAAGGCAUGUUCAAGGAUAGAUUCUUGGACCAACCUAUUCAAAAUGACAUUCUUCAAGAGUCGUUUAUCAAUACCAUGUCUGCCUGGGUGAACAUGCUUUUGCUAUCCUCGUCUGGCCCAAUCAAAACCCCAGUUGGGGCAUGUGCAACAGCAUUGGAAUCUGUUGAUGUGGGAAUGGAGACGAUUUUAUCAGGAAAAGCCAAGAUUGUGAUUGUAGGUGGUUAUGAUGACUUCCAGGAAGAAGGCUCGUACGAGUUCGGAAACAUGAAUGCUACUUCCAAUGCUGACGACGAGUUUGCUCAUGGACGCACGCCUGCUGAUAUGUCGAGACCUACCACCACUAGCAGAAGCGGAUUUAUGGAAGCUCAGGGCUCGGGAUUGCAAAUUUUAAUGACAGCAGAACUGGCUCUCAAAAUGGGCGUCCCUAUAUAUGGUAUUGUUGCGAUGGCAUCUACGGCAAGUGAUAAAAUUGGAAGAUCUGUGCCUGCACCAGGGAAAGGUAUCCUCACAACUGCAAGAGAGUAUCACGGAGAUUCCAGGUUCACAUCCCCUAAAUUGGAUAUCAAGUACAGGGCAAGACAACUCAAAGCAAGGACUUCCCAGAUCAAAGCCUGGGUUGAAAACGAAUUGUCAUUAUUGUCGGAAGAAGCCAACAUUCUUGCAAAAGAGGAUCGCUUGUUUGAUGGCGAAAGGUUCUUAACUGAACGGGCUGAGGAAAUUCGAAAAGAAGCCAAAAAUCAAAUCAAAGAAGCCCAAAGAAUGUAUGGUAAUGAGUUUUGGAAAAACGAUCCUCGUAUCGCACCAAUAAGAGGAGCGCUGGCCACAUUCGAUCUAACUAUAGAUGAUUUGGGCGUGUGUUCUUUCCACGGAACAUCUACUAAAGCUAACGAUAAAAAUGAGACUGCGGCCAUCGAUAAGAUGAUGAGCCAUUUGGGACGUACGGAAGGAAAUCCUGUAUAUGGUGUUUUCCAGAAGUAUUUGACCGGACACCCUAAGGGUGCUGCUGGUGCCUGGAUGCUUAAUGGCGGCUUGCAAAUUUUGCAAACGGGCAUCGUUCCGGGAAACAGAAAUGCCGACAAUGUGGAUAAGGUGCUGGAGAAUUAUGAGUAUGUUCUCUUUCCUUCGAGAACAAUAAAGACGGAUGGAAUAAAGGCAGUUUCGGUGACUUCAUUUGGCUUUGGACAAAAAGGCGCUCAAGCAAUAAUUGUCAACUCUGACUAUCUCUAUGCGGCACUUUCUGAAAAGGAAUACCAAGAAUAUCAAAAGUUGGUUAGCACAAGAUACAAGAAGGCAUAUCGUUACAUGCACAAUGCCAUGUUAACAAACUCUCUCUUUGUUGCUAAAUCAAAGGCACCUUACACAGAUGACCUAGAGGAAUCUGUCUAUCUGGACCCUCUUGCUCGUGUUACAGCAACCAAAGAAAAUAAGCUUAUUUUCAAAGAAUCCGAAAUUCAGUCCUCUAAGCUAUCCAGUGGUCUAUCGAUAGAAACAGCCAAGCUCCUCAAAAACAUGGCCACUAGACUGACUGGGGAAAAAGGUGUCGGUGUUGACGUCGAGUUAUUGUCCACGGUUAAUAGUGAAAACGAAACGUUCCUGGAAAAAAACUUCACAAAAGCCGAGAUUCGAUACUGUGAAUCUUCUCCGUGCCCUAGGGCGUCUUUUGCAGGAACUUGGUCUGCUAAAGAAGCUGUUUUCAAAUCAUUAGGCGUCAAGUCCAAAGGGGCAGGUGCGUCUAUGAGAGAUAUCGAGAUUAUUCGGGAUGUUAACGGAGCUCCUUCAGUCAGACUCCACGGGGAAGCCAACAUUGCUGCCUCCACUCAAGGGGUAAAGGCAAUUAAAGUUUCCAUCUCGCACGAUGAUAUACAAUCAAUAGCAGUUGCGAUUUCAGAAUUCUGA